CCCCGCACCGGCCCCUCAGGCGGCCGCUCCGCCGCCCUUUCCUCCCCCAGACCUUCCUCCCCCCUUCCUCUGGGCUCGCCUCUUGUUUUUUGUUUUCGCGGCGAUUUCUUAACCUCCCUCCGAAAUCCUGCGCCGGGGAUCUGCCGGGGCUUAAGAGGGGGAAAGAGGGGAGAGAAACCCUCAGACCUCCCGCCCUCGGGACAGCGGGGACCGAGCCGGGACAGGAGCAGCCUGCAGUCGGUGCAAAAUGAGUGUUCCUGACUACAUGCAGUGUGCCGAGGACCACCAGACCCUCCUGGUUGUGGUUCAGCCCAUUGGCAUUGUACCUGAAGAGAGCUUUUUCAGGAUCUACAAGAGGAUUUCUGCAGUGAGUCAGGUUAACGUCCGCGACUCCCAGCGCGUGCUGUACAUCCGCUACAGGCACCACUACCCCCCAGAGAACAACGAGUGGGGGGAUUUUCAGACACACCGGAAAGUUGUGGGGCUGAUAACUAUUACAGACUGUCCUUCUGCCAAGGAAUGGCCUCAGACUUUUGAAAAAUUCCAUCUUCAGAAGGAGAUGUAUGGUUCCACUCUCUACGAUUCCCGGUUGUUUGUUUUCGGGCUUCAAGGGGAGAUUGCGGAGCAGCCCCGCACGGAUGUGGCCUUUUAUCCCAGUUAUGAUGAAUGUGAAACUGUGGAGAAGAGAAUAGAAGAUUUUAUCGAGUCCCUCUUCAUAGUGCUGGAGUCGAAGAGGCUUGACAGAGCCACUGAUAAGUCUGGAGACAAGAUCCCACUCCUCUGCGUUCCUUUUGAGAAGAAGGAUUUUGUAGGUCUGGACACUGAUAGUAGACACUAUAAGAAGCGUUGUCAGGGCCGGAUGCGGAAGCACGUUGGGGACCUGUGCUUACAAGCUGGCAUGUUGCAAGACUCCUUGGUGCAUUAUCACAUGGCAGUGGAACUUCUGCGCUCUGUGAACGACUUCCUGUGGCUUGGAGCUGCUCUUGAGGGGUUGUGCUCAGCCUCAGUCAUCUACCAUUAUCCAGGUGGUACUGGAGGUAAAGUUGGAUCUCGCAGGGCACAAGGAGGUUCUCUUUCUGCUGAGGCAGGCAACAGGCACAGGCCAGGGGCACAAGAAGUUCUCAUUGAUCCAGGUGCACUGACUUCCAAUGGUAUAAAUGCAGACACCAGUGCUGAGAUAGGACGUGCCAAGAACUGCCUUAGCCCUGAAGACAUCAUAGAUAAAUAUAAAGAAGCCAUUUCUUACUAUGGCAAGUACAAGAAUGCUGGGGUAAUUGAACUGGAAGCCUGUGUGAAGGCUGUGAGAGUCCUUGCAAUACAGAAAAGGAGCAUGGAAGCCUCUGAGUUUCUUCAGAAUGCAGUUUAUAUCAACCUCCGUCAGCUUUCAGAAGAGGAGAAGAUCCAGCGUUACAGCAUCCUGUCUGAGCUGUACGAGCGAAUUGGUUUCCACCGCAAGUCGGCGUUUUUCAAGCGGAUCGCGGCCAUGCAGUGCGCUGCUCCCAGCAUCCCAGAGCCUGGCUGGAGGGCCUGCUACAAGCUGCUGCUGGAAACUCUCCCUGGAUACAGCUUGUCACUGGAUCCUAAGGAUUUCAGCAAAGGAACCCACAGGGGAUGGGCUGCAGUGCAGAUGCGUUUGCUUCACGAGCUGGUGUAUGCAUCCAGAAGAAUGGGGAAUCCUGCUCUGUGUGUCAGGCAUCUCUCUUUUCUUCUGCAGACCAUGCUGGAUUUUCUUUCCGAUCAAGAAAAGAAAGAUGUGACACAGAGCUUGGAGAGCUACACAGCAAAGUGCCCUGGUACCAUGGAAUUCAUCACCCUUCCAGAUGGUUUGAAGUUACCUCCUGUUCCGUUCACCAAGCUGCCCAUUGUGAGAUCUGUGAAGCUGUUGAACCUCCCAACCAGUCUCCGACCUCACAAAAUGAAGAGUCUGCUUGGCCAGAACAUGUCAACCAAAAGCCCCUUCAUAUAUUCUCCGAUAAUUGCGCACAGUCGAGGGGAAGAGCGAAAUAAGAAAAUAGAUUUCCAGUGGGUCCAGGGAGAUGUUUGUGAAGUUCAGUUGAUGGUCUACAACCCUAUGCCUUUCGAGCUCCGAGUAGAAAACAUGAGUCUCUUGACAACAGGAGUAGAAUUUGAAUCUCUUCCUGCAGCUCUUUCUCUACCUGCUGAAUCUGGGCUCUAUCCAGUGACUCUUGUUGGUGUUCCUCAAACCACUGGGCAGAUCACUGUCAAUGGUUACCAUACUUCAGUUUUUGGAGUCUUCAGUGAUUGCCUCCUGGACAAUCUGCCAGGAGUGAAGACCAAUGGCUGUUCUGUUGAAGUCAUUCCAGCUUUGCCAAGGCUGCAGAUCAGUACCUCCCUUCCAAGGUCUGCUCAUACACUUCAGCCUUCUUCAGGGGAUGAAAUCUCCACUAAUGUGUCUGUCCAGCUUUACAAUGGAGAGACCCAGCAGCUCAUCAUCAAGUUGGAAAAUAUUGGAACAGAACCUUUGGAGAAGCUGGAGGUCACAGCAAAAACACUUAACACUAAGGAGAAGCUGUAUGGGGACUUCUUGAGUUGGAAUCUAGAAGAUACCCUCUCCCAGUUUCCUCUAAAACCUGGAAAAAUUGCAACAUUUACUGUAAACAUAAAAGUGAAGCUGGACUUUUCAUGCCAAGAAAACCUUCUGCAAGAUCUCAGUGAUGAUGGAAUCAGUGUUAGUGGACUUCCACUCUCCAGCCCUUUUCGACAGGUUGUCAAACCAAGAGUAGAGACCAAACCCAUCAAUCCACAGGAAAGCAGCAAAGUUGGUGACUUCAGCCAUGUGAAGACACUGGAAGCCAUUUUGAAUUUUAAGUACUCUGGUGGACCAGGACAUGUUGAAGGAUAUUACAGGAACCUUUCCCUAGGCCUUUAUGUAGAAGUAGAGCCAUCUGUCUUCUUUACACGUGUCAGCACCCUUCCAGCAACGAGCACCCGGCAGUGCCACCUCCUUCUUGAUGUCUUCAAUUCCACAGAGCACGAGUUGACCAUCAGUGCCAGGAACAACGAAGACCUAAUCCUGCACGCUGGGGAAUGCCAGCGUAUGGCUAUCCAAGUUGACAAGUUCAGUUUUGAGAGCUUCCCAGAAUCCCCUGCUGAUGGGACACAGUUUGCCAACGCAAAGCAGCUGGAAGAAGAAAGGCAGCAAGCAAAAGGUCUGGAGAUUAACAGCAAGCUGGAUAUUUGCUGGAAAAUUCCUUCCUUGAAGCGUGAAGGAGAAGCAAGUGUGGAAGGUGUUCUUAAUCAGCUGGUCCUGGAGCAUCUACAGUUGGCUCCUCUCCAGUGGGACAUCCUCGUGGACGGCAAGCUUUGCGACUGCGACAUCGUGGUGGACUGCAAAGUGGGGGACCCCAUCCCGCUGGAGGUGAAGCUGACCAACUGGAGCAAGCACAGCGUGGGGCCCUUCGCUCUCACCGUGACACCCUACCAGGAUUACCAGAACGGGGUGCACAACUAUGAGCUGCAAGAUGCCAUCACCUUCGUGGGCUCCAACACCUUCUACAUCGACUCGGUGAAGCCAACCAAAGACUCCGUUUACUUUGGAGCACUUCUCUUCCUCUACACGGGUGAUUUCUACCUGAACAUCAAAUUCCAUGAAGACAACUGCAGCAAGGAGCUGCCUCUCUCCUGGUUCUGCCUUCCCAGUGUCCACAUCCGUGCUAUGGAGCCUGUGGUCUAAACUAAGCUGUCAACGUACCGUGUGCUACUUGAUUAACCACAGUGCACAGAAAUGCUUGGCACAUCCUCUGCUUGACCCCAGCUUGUUUCUGUGCAACCCCAGACCACAAUCUCUACUUUGGAGGAACAGCUGAACACUUUCUGAAUUGGCUGAUAGUCAUUUGGGCAGCUGUUUUAGCUAAUUUCAGAGAGAGAGAGAGAUUAUAACUAUGCUAGAGUUUUCCUCUGUUUCCAAAAAGCCUUUCAAACUGCUAAUAUAUGCAUUAUGCUUUCAUGUACCCUAUUGGUAUCAGUGGGUCUGAAGGGGUCUCGAGGGUUGAAUUUAAACACGUGUUUGAAGGUCUCAAUUCCAACUUGAAUGAUCCCAUUUUAGCAUUAACAGGAGUUGUGUAUCCCUAUGAAAUUCCUCCUGGCGUUUGCUGGACCCAUGGCGUGUACCCUUGAGGUGUUCUCUCUUAGACUUGUUCACAGGCUUGUUCUUGUUCAUUUAUUUGCUGAGUAUUUGGUGGGUUUAGUGGUAAAUAGCAGUAGUGAUGCUUUUUCCUGUGUUGCUGGACGUAAGAAUAGAAAAUAUGCCUCCAGUUAUUCUCUCCCUCCCCUGAGCCCAGUUCCCCUUCUCCUGGUAGAGUCACUGUCUUUAGUUUAGCAGAUCUAGAUUUGGUAGAUUGUUCAAGUAGAUCUUGAAGAAAUGGAAGGUGGCAAUGAAGGACUAAAGAGUUUGUCUUUGAGAGAGGAAAUAAGCCAACAUUGGGGCUGCUUGGGGCUUGCCUGUGAAUUUGGGCUUUCACAGUUCUGCUUUAUGCAAUCACAAUCACUUGAAACGUUUGCAGACACUUGAAGAGCCACCAGAAUGAAUCAGAUGGUCGUUUAUAUCACUUUGCAUGAGUUUUUACAAACUCUUCUGAUCGGAUUUUUCAUGCUAAUAGGCUGGGCUUGAUUAUGUGGUUGAGGGGGUUUUUUUCUUCUUUUUGUUAGAAUGAUUAAGUUUAAUUAUUAGGCAAUUAAAGCCAUGGAAUUCCUGUGCAUAGAAGUAGUUGAUGAAUUUACUGAAAAUUUAGCCUGUUGUGUUUCAGAAUAAUGGUUUUGUCUAAAGAGACCUGAAUUUACCCCAUGUGAAGCAGGGAGAUGUUUGAUCUGUGUGAUUAAUAUAUUAUUUCAUGGACCACAGGUUUCAAACCUGUCUUAAUAUUUUCUUACAUUUCCAACCUGCAGCUCUGAAAUUUGGUGGUAUCUGUUCAGGGAUGGAUACUCCAGGAUGUGGCACAGGGGCUCCAGUUAACUCUAUAUGGGCUAAACCUACUUGCACAACCUCCUAGCAGAUUUUUUGGUUGUUUAUUAGGCUUCAUCCAAAUGGGGGCACACCAUUCCAGGUCUGACCUGGUCCAUCCUGCUCAUGCAGUGGAGCUCCUUCUGGCUCUCUGCUCCAUGUCCAGUUGGACUUUUUGAUGUGACUGGCAUUUUUUCAGGGAAUGACAGUGCUCAAAACUCAAUUUGCUGCAUGUUUCCAAAGGACUGCAAGGUAUUAAUCCUAAAUAUAUUUCUAAUUUGAGGGAACUGUAGCUAUAGCAUGGUAGGUAUUAGGUAUGUUUCCAGUGAAUGCAGGGUAUUAUCUCUAAAAAAAAAAAGUAAUGUGGCAGUGCUAUCAGUGUUUGCUCUUGAGCUGUGCCUCUGUAUCCAGCUUUGAAUGCCAGAAUGGAAGUCUUCAGUCUUGAACUGAUGAAAAUCUGAGACCAACUGAAGAUUUACUUGCAAUGAUGUCCUGCUCUGUCAGCUGCCAGCAUGCAAUGUCCAGUGAGGAAAUUGUUCCUUAGACUUGCAGAGUGGUUCUGGGCCAGAGACACCCAUGGAAAGAGGGUCCAAGCAGCUGAGUUAGGCAAGGGGGUUGUGUUGGUUGACCAGUUUGCAACAUGUGGCAAAAUUCUCUGUCACUAGAUAGGCAUAUACACAGAAAAAUAAGAGCCCCAGAGAGCAGGAAUUGAACCAGUUAAUCUUCUCCACAGAAAACUUGCUUUUGACAUGUGUCUCUGUACUAUGUUACACAACACUGUUGCAGCAAAAUCCAACUUGAGUUUUAUUCAGUACUUCCAGCAGGUAAUCUGCAGAUGCUAGGAAUACAGCUAAGGCUUUGUGAGGACCACAUUGCAUUUGAAACACAGUAUUGUGAAGCAGAUGCUGGAGCAGCCGGGAUGCUUCAGCUUACCCAGCUGAGGGAUCAUUUCCUACUUUAUUUUUGAGAGAGUUCUCUGAGAUCAGAAGCUAUUGUUCUGUGAGGCUGGGAUGCAACACUCCUGUGUCCUUUACUUAUAAAGGAUCUUGAUCCUCAGCCUGCUGAAGCUGUUGGAAUGGGAACAGGUUUUACUGUAACAAAAGCAAGCUGCAUAUUUCCUAGGCUUCCAAUAUGCCAUUAUAAAUCAGCCAUAUAUGAUCAUAAAUAUAAGUUCUUGUGUGUGAGCUGACCCUUAAUGGUCUAUCUGUUCAUUAUACAGUAGACCACUCUGUCCCUUGUCAACUUUGAUGCUUAGUUGCUUUUGGCAUUUAUGAUGUAUUUCCAGAUUUUUCUCACACUUUUACUUGUCUUCAUGGGAGAGAUGAAACAUGAGACAUUCUUCCUUCUGGGGAUCAUCUGUGACUUGUCCAGAAGGCGAAUAUUUAAGUGUCAGCAUAAUUUGGAGAAUGGUGAGGGAAAGGUGCUUAAAUUGAGAAUACUGCAUCACUUUUGCUUUUCUUUUUAAUGGAAGUUUUUCACUGGGAUUGCUGUCAGGAUUGGUCCUUGCAGUGCUUGGGAAAAAAAAAAAAAGGGUGAUACUUUUCUGAUGUGCUCUUCUUUUCUGGAACUGAAAACUUGUUUUUAUUUCUCCAAACCACCCAGCUAUUAUUUUGAACAUGAUGAGCCAAACUGUGCAUUGUUACACAGAUGUAAAUCUGGUAUGAUCCCACGUGGUUGAAGUAUAUAAUUCCUAAGUUAAAUCAUCAUUGCUGAGAGCAGACGUUGGUCCAAAAUAUGUAGGCAUUGGAGAAGCACAAGUUGGGUAAACUGUCUGAAUAAAUACUUCUCUUGUGUUA